AUGAGAUUAGGUAUUCUAUUGAUUCUUACGGCUAUUUCAAAUGCAUUUGUUUGUGCAUUUCCAGAAGGAUUCUUUGCUAAGCUAACGAAUUUCUUCCGUCGCAAGCCAACUUCAUCUCCAUCCGAUGAAAUAACAACCACGUAUCGACAUUAUUCGUCACCUGAUGAAGACAUAUUCGAUGCUCACGCAGAGAGAGUCUCACAAGCGUCAUGUCAAAAUGGUGAAGUUUAUGUUGAUGAAGCUGGAACGUGUAUGGCAGUGCAGUACCCCGGUCAGCCAUGCCAAUACUCAAAACAAUGUGAUGCAGUAGAAGACGGAUCGUUUUGUUCACGAUUACGAUGUGAAUGUGCGAGUGGAAUGCAGAUCAGUGGAAGGUCAUGCGUAUACUCGAAUCAAAACUGUCAAGAAAAAGGGUUGAUCUGGAUCGAGGAAGUUGGUGAAUGCAAACGAGCCAUUCCACCGGGAUCAACGGGAUGCAGUCAUUCAUCACAAUGCGCAUCAGUGUUCAAAGGUUCAUCAUGUUAUCGACAAACCUGCAAUUGCCCAUCGCCUUUAUUUCCAGUAAAUGGGACUUGUGGACCGUUAUGCCCACCGCAACAAACAUUUUCAUCUGUUACGGGCGAAUGUCUUCCAAGUUAG